CAAAAAGUUCCUGGGCAACCACAUCCAUUUCUAUGCCUUGAAGCAUUUGUCAAACAUAUCACAAAUCAGUAGCGACAUAAAUAAAGACUUCAGAAUUUCACAACAGAACAUGCUUGUCUUUUUUCUUUUCUUUUUUUUUUCUUUCCAAUUUUAUUUCUCUAGGAAAAGAUAUGUUACUGGUCUUAAUUUGAAACUUUUUUUGCUUUCAGUUGGUAAGGAAGGAGAAAAGGGGAGGGAGGGCUAGAGUGAAAGCAACACUUUGGGGGGCCGUCCAAUGUGCUGCCUUAAAUUAGCCAAUGGAGAGGUUGGACUGAGGGUGGAGCUUUGUGCUGUCACUAUCUCCCUUGUUAAGUAUUACCUGCAGUGCUUCAGUAGGUUGGCUGCAUUUGUACUGUGUGUAAGGAUAGAGAGGGGGGAAACAUAGCAGAGAAAUCAAUACCAAGCCUUGAGAAAUCAAGGGCACCAUCCUAAAUCUUACUUGGACACUGCAGUGCAUCUAUUUUGGCAAGUUUAUGCAGUGCAACUAGCUGUAGAUAUGGCUGGUUGUCUGCAAAGAGGAAGACUGAGUGCAGCAGGAGCACCUCUGAAGUGCCUUAUUAUAGUGAUUUCAUUAGGAUGUUGUCUCUCUAAAGUGGACGCAGAUCCGUUCGACACGGCUUUCCGCCACAGGCACAGAUCUGGACCUACUGCUGAAACAAUCUUGGUAGCCAACAAUGGGAUUAGAGUUCCCUUUGGACGCUCCAUCUAUCUGGAUCCUAUUAAUGACCUUGUGACUGAAGUGCACGAAGGAGACCGCUGUCACAUUACAGUCCUGGACAAUGACCCACUGGCCCAAAGACCUGGAAUGCUAACACCCAAGAAGUUCCCCUGUGCUUUUGGUGCAGAAGAGGUGAAAUAUACUCAUUUUGGUUCCCGGAGCCCAAGCAAAGAUCACAUUAAACUGCAGCUGAGGUAUGACUCCAACACAGACACAGUGGUGGUUCCUUUCAUUCUUGAAGUAGAGGUGGUCUUUCAGCAACUGGAGAUUCUCACUCGUAACAUGCCUCUGGUUGUGGAUAAGCUCAAUGGGCUUAGCAACCCAAUUGACAAAAAAACUCUGGAGUUUGCAUUUGAAGAUGGUGUCACUACAUGCAAGGUGACCACACUGGUUGGUGCAGGCAAACUUCCCAGGUAUGGUAGUCUUACUGAUAACUCUGUUAAUGGCCAGAUGAUUAAUUGUGAUGAUUUUGUCAAGAAGGGAAUUCAGUAUCAACACACCGCAACCACCAACUCUCCUAACAGAGACUAUAUUCCAAUGCUAGUAGAAGUACAAGAUAAUGAUGGUAAUACUAUUCAACAAGAACACUUCCAGAUAAUGGUUAGAAUCAAAGAGGGUAAUGAAAAUACACCACCAAAGCCUAGCUUUAUAUCUAUGAUGAUGAUGGAGAUUGACCAAUUUGUGAUGACAGCCAUUACUUCAGAUAUGUUGGCAGCUGAGGAUAUUGAAUCUGAUUCUGAUGAUUUAAUCUUUAACAUAACAUCUCCCUUGGGCUAUCAGCAGGGCUAUAUUAUCAGCACAGAUGAUCAAAACCAGCCAAUCACUUCUUUCCAUCAGAGAGAUAUUAAAGACCUGAAGAUCGCUUACAAACCUCCCUCUGAGGAUUCAGACGUAGAAAGAAUUUUCCAGAUUGAAUUUGAAAUUGUUGACACUGAUGGGGCUGUUUCUGAUACUUUUGCAUUCAUGAUUGUUGUGAAGCCAAUGAACACUUUAGCUCCGGUGGUAACCAAAAAUACAGGACAGCUGCUUUUUGAGGGUCAAUCAAGACCACUAUCCAGCUCACAAAAUUUAGAGAUCAGUGAUGAAGAUAAUCUUGAUGAUGUGAAGAUUACUGUUGUUGAUGGCUUGAAACAUGGAGAGCUGACUGUGCUAGGGUCUCAACGAAAAUUUUUCACUACAGCUGAUCUAGAUGCUGGCAUUGUUAUGUACCAGCACGAUGGAAGCGAUACCUACAGUGACAACAUUAUAUUCAGAAUGACUGAUGGCAGUAAUGAAGUGGAGUUUUUGUUCCCUAUCACAAUUGCCCCAACUGAUGAUGAACCCCCUAUUAUAAAUGCAAACACUGGUAUUGUGCUUUUUAAAAAUGAAGUGAUGCAAAUCUCCCCCUUUAUCCUGAGUGCCACUGACAUUGACUCUGAGGAUUCAACAAUAAAAUUUAUAUUAGAAGAGCCAUACUCAGAAAUUGGUGAGCUGCUCAUCAAACAGGUGGAGCCUCCUCCAGAUCCAUCUGCAUGGAAAUUUAGUGCAACAGAUGAGAUGUUUGAACAGGUGGUGACAGAAUGGUUUCAGCAGGAUAUUCUGGAUGGGAAGCUGUUCUAUCGUCACAAAGGACCUCAUAGUACCACCACUGUGAUUGACCAGUUUGCCUUUAGAGUCCAGGAUGACAAUGACCCACCGAAUCAAUCAGGAGAGCAUGUGUUCAUUAUUAAAAUCCACCCGGUUGAUGACAUUCCUCCAGAACUUUACCCUGGCACCACACUACACAUGACAGUCAAAGAAUACGAGCUGACAUUUUUUAAGAAGAAAUUUCUACGCUACACAGAUCUGGACUGUGAUGACAGGGAUCUUAAAUACACCAUCAUCAAACCUCCUACUGACACAGAUGAAAACAGCCCUGUUCCUCUUGGUGCUAUUGUACUGACUGAUAACCCUGAUAUCAUAAUCAGUGAGUUUACGCAAGCUCAGGUCAACCACCAUAAAGUGGCAUACAAACCCCCAGAGCAAGAGCUUGGUAUUACUCCAAAAGUGGUCCAGUUUUCAUUCAGUGUGGAGGACACUGCCAGUAAUUCUGUUGAUGGACUUUUUACAAUCUUUUUACAGCCUGUUGACAACAAACCCCCUGUAAUCACGAAUACUGGUUUCACUGUUCUAGAGAGAAAUACUUAUAUAAUAACCAAAAAUGAACUUGAUGCCUCGGACCAGGACACUGAGGAUGAGAAUAUUAAAUUUAUAGUGACCCAGAUUCCCAGGUUUGGGCAGCUGCAAUAUUUAGGAAUUGACAUGUCUAAUGGGGAAACAUUUGUGCUGGAGGACAUUGAAAACAGCCGACUCGCCUACAUCCACAGUGGUGAAGAAUCUCUUCAUGAUGUCAUUAAGCUGGACAUUAGUGAUGGCUUCCAUGAAGUCCCCAUUGUUGUCAAGAUCAGCAUCAAGCCUGUCGAUGAUGAAACUCCAAAAAUUAUGUUACCGGCAGGUUUGUUAGGGGCCUCCAUUGAUGUACUUGAGAAUGGUGCAACAGAAAUCACCAGCAAUGUUAUUCAGGGUCGUGACGAAGACACAGAUGACCUCAUGCUGACUUUCAUAGUUGAGGAGCCUCCUAGGCUAGGAGAAAUAAUGGUAAAUGGAGCUCCUGCUGAGCGCUUUACCCAGCAAGACAUAAUCAAUGGCGUGGUCGUCUAUGUUCACACUAGUGGUGAAAUCGGCCCCAUCAAAGAGCAUGAUUCAUUCAAUCUCACAAUAUCUGACAUGUCGGAUGAAUGGGUUGUUGGUGGCAACAAAGUUCAAGGGGUCCGUGUCCAUGUCACCAUUCUUCCUGUAGACAGCAUUCCACCUAUUGUUAAUGUAGGUGGCCAGUUUGUAGUAGUCGAGGGUGAGAAAAAUGUUAUCACAUUGGAGCACAUUCAAGCUGAGGACAUUGACACUGAUAAUGAUGAUAUCUUGUGUACUAUCAUCGUUCAGUCCACAUCUGGCUAUGUGGAGAACAUCUCCCCAGCUCCUGGGUCUGAAAAAUCAAGAGUAGGCACUGCCAUCACUGCAUUCACCAUUAAAGACGUUGGUCUAGGUCACAUCUAUUAUGUCCAAAGCAUUCACAAGGGUGUGGAGCCAGUUGAGGACAGAUUCACUUUCCGCUGCUCAGAUGGCAUUAACUUUUCAGAAAGGCACUUUUUCCCCAUUGUCAUUAUCCCAGCCAAUGAUGAAAAGCCAGAGAUUUUCAUUCGUGAAUUUGUUGUCAUGGAGGGGAUGAGCUUGGUUAUUGACACUCCUAUUUUGAAUGCUGCAGAUGCAGAUAUCCCAAGUGAUGAAUUAGUUUUUGAAAUACUUAAAAACCCAAAACAUGGAAACAUAGUUCAGCAGUUGAGCACUGGGACAGUUCCAGUGGCGAAAUUUACCUUAGAGCAAAUAAAGGAGGCUUCCAAUAUUGUUUAUGAGCAUGAUGACUCUGAAACCAAGGAAGACAGUUUUGAAAUUCGACUCACUGAUGGGAAGCACACUGUCGAAGAGAAGGUUGUCAUAAUAGUCAUUCCUGUUGAUGAUGAAACCCCAAGGAUGGCCAUCAACGAUGGCCUGGAAGUAGAAAUUGGAGAAACCAAAGUAAUUAGUAACAGAGUCCUGAAGGCCACAGAUCUGGAUUCUGAGGACAAAGAGCUUACUUACAUUAUCCGUUAUGGCCCUGGCCAAGGCUACCUUCAUAGAGUUACCAAACAUGGAGAUGUAAUCGGCAACAUUAGUAUUGGAAUGAAUUUCACUCAAGAUGAACUUGACAAACAGUUGAUUCAGUACAUACACACAGGCCAAGAGGGUGUCCGUGACCUGCUAAAGUUUGACGUAACUGAUGGAAUCAAUCCCCUCAUUGACCGCUACUUCUACAUUAAUAUUGGCAGCAUGGACAUGGUCUUUCCUGAUGUUAUCAACAAGGGUGUGACCCUCAAAGAGGGAGGUAAGGUCACCUUGACCACAGACCUUCUCAGCACAACUGACAUCAACAGUCCAGAUGAAUAUCUAAGUUUCAGCAUCACUCGUGCUCCUAGCAGGGGCCAUCUUGAAAGUACUGAUCUCCCAGGGGUGCCCAUCUCCACCUUCACUCAGCUGCAGCUAGCUGGAAACAAGAUCUACUACAUCCAUACAUCUGACGAUGAAGUGAAGAUGGACAGCUUUGAGUUUGAGGUGACAGAUGGCUAUAACCCUGUCUUCCGCACCUUCCGUGUAUCCAUUACAGAUGUCGACAACAAGAAGCCAGUCUUGACGAUCAACAAGCUGGUGCUGGGGGAGGGAGAAACCAAGUUGAUCACACCCUUUGAAUUGACAGUGGAGGACCGUGACACACCAGACAACCUGCUGCGAUUUGUAGUGACUCAAGUGCCAGUUCACGGUCAGCUUCUGUUCAAUGGAACACAAGUCAUUACAUCAUUUACCAAGCAGGAUCUAAAUGAAAACCUUAUUACUUAUAGGCAUGAUGGCACAGAGACAAAUGAAGACAGCUUCUCUUUCACAAUUACUGAUGGGACUCACACUGAAUUUUAUGUUUUCCCUGAUACUGUAUAUGAAACUCGUAAGCCUCAGAUGAUGAUUAUUCAUAUUAGCACAGUGGACAAUGGGGUGCCUCAAAUCAUUGUAAACAAAGCAGCACCCACACUUAGGGUUCUUCAUACUGGGCACCUUGGAUUUUUGAUAACCAGCAAAGCUCUAAAGGCUGAGGACAGAGACAGCCCAAACAAAGUGCUUAAGUAUGUUGUAACCGAGACCCCUCUUCAUGGCUUUAUCAUGAAUUCUGCUUUGGGAAAUGAUAGCAUCAAGUCUUUCUCACAGGCCGAUAUUGAUGAUAUGAAGAUUUGUUAUGUGCUUCUUGAUGGGUCCAAUGCCACAAGUGACAUAUUCUACUUCACAGUGGAAGACAAUGGGGGCAACAAAUUGAAGCCACAACCGUUCCGUCUGAAUUGGGCCUGGAUAUCCUUGGAAAGAGAAUACUACAUUGUAGAUGAGGAUGCAAAGUUUCUGGAGGUCACCCUCAAACGCCGGGGAUACUUGGGAGAGACAUCGUUUGUCAGCAUUGCUACCAAGGACGGCACAGCAAAACAGGACAAAGACUUCCGUGGCAAAUCUCAGAAACAGGUCCAGUUUAACCCAGGCCAAACAUCCGCUACCUGGAGGGUGAAGAUAUUUACUGAUCAAGAGUUUGAAACUUCAGAGAUGUUUGAAAUCCAGCUCUCAGAGCCAGUGAUGGCUGUUCUUGAAUACCCUGAUACAGCUACUGUGGAGAUUGUAGAUCCUGGUGAUGAGUCCACAGUGUUCUUCCCUCAAGCAGAAUAUCGUAUAGAAGAGGAUAUAGGAGAACUACUUGUCCCGGUCCGCAGAUCAGGAGAUGUCAGCCAGGAACUGAUGGUUAUUUGUUACACACAACAAGGCAGUGCAACCGGAACCACCCCCAGCACAGUGCUUUCCUAUUCAGACUACAUCACAAGACCAGAGGACCACACCAGUGUUCUGCGCUUUGAUAAAGAUGAGCGGGAGAAGUCGUGUCGCAUCAUAAUUAUUGAUGACUCCCUCUAUGAGGAAGAGGAGAGCUUCAAUGUGUCCCUCAGUAUGCCUAUGGGUGGCCAAGUGGGAGCCAAGUUCCCCAAAGCCAAAGUGGUCAUCUUGGCUGAUAGUGAUGAUGAACCAUCUUUCUAUUUUGGAGAGACCGAGUACACGGUGGAUGAGAGUGAUGGUUAUGUGGAGGUGAAAGUGUGGAGGACUGGAACUGACCUUUCAAAGACAGCCACCGUCACAGUCCGUUCCAGGAAGAGUGACCCUGUUUCAGCAGAAGCGGGUCUAGAUUAUGUGGGAAUCAGCCGUAACUUGGACUUUGCUCCAGGUGUGACCAUGCAGACUUUCCGUGUGACUAUUCUCGAUGACCUGGGCCAGCCAGAGCUGGAGGGGCCAGAGACGUUUGAGCUGGUGCUGCGUAUGCCCAUGAACGCAGUCCUUGGAGAGCCUAGCAAAACUGUCAUCACUAUUAAUGACACUGUUACAGACUUACCCAAAGUCCAGUUUAGGGAGGCAGAGUACAAGGUGGAUGAGGCUGAUGGAGAGGUGAAGGCGAUGGUGUACCGCAGUGGCGACAUCAGUCAGAGGUCCACAGUCCUCUGUUACACUCGCCAGGGAUCUGCCCAAGUCAUGAUGGAUUAUGAUGAACGACCCAAUACUGACGCAUCCAUCAUCGUGUUUCUACCAGGGGAGAUUGAGAAGCCAUGUGUUGUGACUUUAGUGGAUGACACGGUUCAUGAAGAGGAUGAGGAGUUCCGCUUGGUUUUGGGCACACCUAAGAGCAAAUCACCAUAUGGAGCUUCAGUAGGAGAACAAAAAGAAGCUCUGGUCACAAUCACUGACCAUAAGGAUAAGUCCAUCAUCAGGUUUGCUGAGAUCAAAUACAGUGUUAGGGAGCCACAACUUCCUGGAGAGAUUGCUGUAGUGAAAAUUCCUGUCCUGCGUCAGGGUGAUACCUCCAAGGUCUCUGUGGUGAGAAUUCAUACCAAGGAUGGCUCUGCAACAUCAGGAGAGGACUACAAUCCCCUUUCUCAAGAUGUGGAAUUUAAGGAGGGUGAGACAGAGCAUGUGGUGGAGAUCCAGGUUCUGUAUGAUGGACAAAGAGAGAUCCGUGAGGCUUUCACUGUUCACAUGAAGCCUGACGAGUAUAUGGUGGCUGAGACACAGAUGAAUAAGGCUAUUGUGUACAUCGAAGAGAUGAAUAGUGUGGCUGAUGUCACCUUCCCAGCAGUGCCUCAGGUGGUGUCACUGCUGCUGUAUGAUGACACAAUUCGGGCUAAGGACAAUCCCCACCCUCCAACUGGCUACCCUGUUGUCUGUGUCACGGCAUGCAACCCCAAAUACUUUGACUUUGACAAGACUGGCUCAAUUUGUUCAGUGGAGAACAUCAAUGACACACUAACUCAGUACCGCUGGAUGGUUAGUGCCCCCAGUGGGCCGGAUGGAGUCACCAGCCCCAUGCGCGAAGUGGACACCAACACCUUCUUCACUAACACCAAGUCCAUCACCUUGGACUCCAUCUACUUCCAGGCAGGUUCCCGUGUGCAGUGUGCCGCCCGAGCCUUCAACGCCAAUGGAGACGCUGGGCUGGAGCUCAGUUCGCCCAUUGUGGUCAUCAGCCGAGAGGAGGGCCUGUGUCAGCCUCGUAUACCUGGAACAGUGGGUGCUGAACCGUUCUCAGCUAAAAUCCGUUACACUGGCCCGGAUGACCCUGACUACCCCAAUCUGAUCAAACUCACUGUUACUAUGCCGCACAUGGAUGGCAUGCUGCCUGUUAUCUCCACACGUCCCCUUUCAAACUUUGAGCUAACCCUUAGUCCAGAUGGUACACGAGUAGGAAACCACCGCUGCUCUAACCUCUUGGAUUUCAACGAGAUCCAAACAGCGCAUGGUUUUAUCACUGAUGCCACAAAGAACCCAGAAAUUAUUGGCGAGACUUCACCGUACCAGUACAGCGUGGCCAUGCGUAGCACCAAUUCCCUUCGAUUCUACCGCAACCUUAACCUUGAGGCAUGUCUGUGGGAGUUCAGUAGCUACUAUGACAUGUCAGAGCUGCUGAAUGACUGCGGGGGAUCGAUUGGCACAGAUGGACAGGUGCUGAAUCUAGUUCAGUCCUAUGUAACCCUGAGGGUGCCUCUGUUUGUGUCCUAUGUCUUCCACUCUCCUGUUGCUGUUGGUGGCUGGCAACAUUUUGACCUACGUUCUGAGCUGAGGCUCACUUUUGUGUAUGACACUGCCAUCUUAUGGCAAGAUGGUAUUGGAAGCCCACCAGAGGCUGAGCUACAAGGUGCCAUGUAUCCCACAAGCAUGAGAAUAAAUGAUGAUGGCCGUCUUGUUGUCAACUUUAAGACUGAGGCUCGAUUCAGGGGACAGUUUGUCAUGUCUCACCCAGGAACCACUUUGUCCUCUAUGGUAAUGUCAGCGGAUCACCCUGGACUCACAUUCACUCUCUCCCUGGUCAGAACUGAACCCACUUACAACCAGCCCAUGCAACAAUGGAGCUUUGUUUCUGACUUUGCUGUGAGAGACUAUUCUGGCACCUAUACUGUGAAGCUGAUUCCAUGCAGUGCUUCACCUAAUGGGGAGUUCAGCAUACCCCCUGUGUGCCACCCGAGGGAGCCCCUCACCUUCGACAUGGACAUCCGCUUCCAACAGGUGAGUGACCCUGUAUCAGCAGAGUUUAGUUUGAACACACAGAUGUUCCUGCUAUCGAAGAAGGAGCUGUGGCUGUCUGAUGGCUCCAUGGGCUUUGGAGAGGGCACGGACACUGCCUUCAUGGAAGGUUCUAAGAUCUAUGGGCGUGUGAUGGUGGACCCAGUGCAGAACCUGGGUGAUUCUUUCUCCUGCAGCAUAGAGAAAGUGUUCCUGUGUACUGGUACGGAUGGUUAUGUGCCAAAGUACAACCCUACAAAUAAAGAGUAUGGAUGCCUGGCUGAUGCUCCAUCCCUGCUUUACAGGCUCAAGAUCCUGGACAAAGCUCAGCCAGAAACCCAGGCCAUCACUUUUGGAAAUGUCCAGUUUGAUGCCAGUCUGGCUUUGGAUACCCCUGGAGCCUUGCCUUUGGUCAGACAACCUGGAUCAGAUGGUUUCACCCUGUCAUCAUCUCCCCUCUUCCAGGUCGCUGCUGGCCGUGAAUGGUUCAUCCACACCAUCUACACCCUUCGUUCUAGAGAGAACGCCAUCCGAGGCAUUGGUAAAAGAAGCCUUGAGUACCACCAUGCUAUAUCCUCCGCCGUAGCUGACCCUGGCCCCCAGUCCCGUAAUCGACGUGCAGUACCUGACCCAGAAGCUUUCGACAUCGGUGUUGAAAAUAACCGAGGCACCAACAUUCAGCAUAUCGCCCUGGACCGCUCAAACCGACUCCGGGUGAGCCAGCCAUGGGGCCGUGAGCUUGAACUAGAGCACCCCCUGGUGGAGGGGAGCCUGGGUAAGGGGCCUGGUUCAGAGUUAUCUCUUCCCGCUGGCAUGUCCACAUUGCUCUGGGUAGCUGGGCUCAUCCUGCUGGUAUGCCUGGUUGUAGUUCUGGUGGUUCUCUUGAUGCGACGCAAGCAGAAAGAGAAAAAGUACCCAGCUUAUUCCACUUCAUCCUGCACAGCAUACAAGGAGCCCACAAGACACAAUGUGGACAGCUCUGAGGUUUAAACCCCCCCCUGUUCCUUGUUCAUUAAGACAUGCCAAAACUAACUCUCACCAUGGUGCUUUCUUGUCAAGAAGCAGCUGAAGUUAUGGAGAUGGAAAUAUUCUGAGAUCUAAAGCCAAAUGACACCAUCCAAUAUAUGGCGUUUUUGGAGCAUUUAACAGCUUCAGUGAAGACAUCUUGACUCCAAGACUCCUCAAGUUGCUUGUUGCCUUUCUCUUAAGAUUAUGUUUGAGCUUCAUAGUACUAAUUUUAUUUUAGCAUGCUCCAAUCAGUAGACCUGUGAACCAGAAUUGGCCACAGAAAACAUGCUCAGACAAACAGAGUGAAUCUGUGCUUCAGUUUUUGUCAAACUCAGAUUAUUUGCAAAUUUAACAAGCAUUGCUCCAUUAUAUAUAAAUCAACCCAUUUAAUUUUUUCCAAAUAAUAAAAAAAAGGUCUACAACAACAUAUUACACACAUAUAUAUAUAUAUAUAUAUAUAUAUAUAUAUAUAUAUAUAUAUAUAUAUAUAUAUAUACCUUUAAAUGGUAAAUUUACCUCGCUAUGAAUUGCAUAUGUUGGUCAUUAUAGCCAAAACCAGCAAUCUCAGCAGUUACCUAGGCAAUUUGAACAAUUUAAAUGUUCAGGAUCAUCAAGUCUUUCUUUCUUUUUUUUUUUUUUUAAUCAGUCCAUUUUAACUUCAGCCGAUAUGUAACAGUUCUUCUUCUGAGUGUGUGUGUGUGAUUUGUUAAGCAAAUUGAAAGAUGCAAGAACUGGCUUCUUCGAACAUUUAUGUAAUAAAUGUAUCUAUUUUUAUAUGUUCCAUGACAUGAACUGCUGUGUAAAAGAGCACAGGCCAGCGUUCCCACAUGAUCGAUGUGUUGCUAUGCAAAAGGAGAGUACUGUUCAAGUUCAUAACUAUUCAGAAUGUACUUAUUUUUAUACCUUUUCAGGAUGUUAAAAUGUGGUUCAGAAUCACACAUUAAUGCUGUGUGUACAUAGUUGCCUAUUCUUUAUCUAAUGUCAAAAGGAGAGACUGGUUUAAACAUAAGAUAGUACAUGAUAAAAUACACCCUGAUAAAACUUGAAAACUUGUGAACCACACAUACAAAGUGUUUUUUUUUUCCAUGUUAAAAAAUCAUUACAGAUUUACAAAAUUGAAACAAAGAAUGAUGAAUAUUCAAAUUAUAAGUUUAAAUUGUUACUACUGUUAGAUUUUUAGUUUUUAUUUUGUGGCUUCCCAGUCGGUGAUACUUAUUUCAAUUUAUUGUUUAAUGCUAAAUAUUUUUCAAUUUAUUAAAAUUUAAUAGACGCAAACCAAUUUUACAAACAUUUUUUAAUUUAUAUCUCAUCUUGUAUUAUGGAAAUUGCUAACAUCAGAUUACACCAGGACAAAAAGGUUUAAACAGAUUUGAAGUCUAUGUUAGCUAAUACACCAUUAACUUUGUGUUUGGGGGGGGAAACUGCCAUUUUAUCAGAAUGUUUUUGAUUUUUUUUUUUUUUUUUUUUUUUUUUUGCUGAUGAAAAGAAUUCUGUAAAGAUACUUGUUUAAUUAUAAAGUGCCUGUUAAGUGUUUAAAAUAUAAAUGCCUACUUCUAUAAGCUGAGACAAGUUGAAUUUCUGUCAUUUAACAUGUAACAUGUUCCAGGCAGUGAGUGAUCAGAAUGCAGUAAACAACUUUAACAAAUUCCAAGCACAAACAAAGUGCAUUGAUGAAAGAUUUUGCAGUUGAGUCUCACUUAUAGGGACAGAUAUCUAUCAGCACAACAGGGUGUAAUAUUAAAGGGUUAGUUCACCCAAAAA